CUUAAAAAUGUGGUGGCCGACUCGCGGGCACAUCUCUCUCUCUCUCUCGUUCGCGUGGUGUUCCAGCGAAUGUCAAUCUUACCAGACGAGCUGUGGAGGCGAGUACUAGAACUCGGAAUCAGAAGCAGAUGCUUUACGUACAAGGACCUCUGCUGUAUCUCCAUCUCGUGUCGACGUCUCCGCAGAAUCUCCGACGAAGACUGGCUCUGGUCCCGCUUACUCUUCUUCGAUUUCCCGUCGGACAACCGCGAUCCUCCAUCUUCCUCUUUUCCUUCUUCUUCGUUGAAUAGGUCUAAAUCCCUUUACAAAAGCAGGUAUGAGAGAGACAGAGAGAGGAAGUUUGCGGCUCAUAAAAGGGCCGUGCUGAGAAAGGAGAGUCAAAUUGCCGAACAUUCGAGAAAGCUUCGAGGUCUCGAGACCCGCUUGGCCGAGGAGACCGACAAUAUGAGGGCUACUAUUUCGGAAUUAUCAAAUUUACGAAAGGUCAGAGAAGCUUCAGUGGCUUUGAAAGUAUGGCAGCCUGAGGUUAUCCGAGGUAGGCAAAAGCAAAUAGUUGAGCAAUGUGUUGUGCCUGUUGAAUCUCGGAUCCAUGCACUCGAGAUGGAACUUAAGCUUUGCAAGCAACAGAUUUUGGGAUUUGAGAAAGCCCUUAAAGAUGAAAAGCAAAGGCUCAACAUCGCAAAAGAGGAGUUGUUAGCAGUCAAGUAUCACCCUUUACGAGAUUAUACGUCCUUGAGUGCUGGGGAUCAUGAAAGUAGCAAGAAGAAAAGAAAACAAAGAACUGAAAAGAUCCCAUUAGGUCAGGAUUCCAGUUCUGGCUCCUUGUUUAUUUAAUGGUAUAUUCAGUAUCCCGUGUCAGUAAAAAAACAAAAAAAAAAUAUUACUUGCAUGUCAUGCGUUCAAGUGUGCCUCUCUUCUAGUUUAUUAUACACUUUGUUUAUAGUUUUAAGCGUGUCGGCUCUUUUUAAGCACUCAGAUUUAGUGGAAGUAAGCUGAUUUCGCGUUUCUGUGUGAUGGCAUCUAAACAAAUAUGUUAGAUUCAUUUUUUAUGCAUAAUUUUGCUUUUCAAUUAA